AUGUUUACUAAUGUGUGUGCCAACCGUGCUGCUAACCUCAACCCGUCGGGAAACUCGCAGGAGGAUCAGGUCAACGUAGCGUCGGAGCGACCGUUCUUGCCAGAGACGCACGACUUGCAACAACCGUUGCAGCGGCACGAGGAGGACAUUGUCGCCGAGCAUGGGUCGUAUAACUUCCCUGAGAACGCUGACCGCAGUGCAGUUCCGAGUGAUAUAGCACCAGAGCCCCCCUAUCUCGAUCAAGCAGGGUACGGGGGCCAUGCAUACAGUGCACCGUCUGCGGCCGCACUGUCUUUUGAGCAGGCUUUUGCCGCCGUGGCUUCACCUUCUUAUGAGCUGGAUGCCAACAUCGUGAUACCUUCAUCGCAGCCGUACUAUGGCACAGGUGCACCGGCUUCCUCUCAGUCCUAUGGCAUGCUGGCAUCCUCGCAGUCCUAUGGCAUGCCGGAUUCAUCACAGAGCUAUGGCGUGCCAGCCUCGAGCUCAUUGCAGCCCUAUGACACGCCGGGCUUACCGUCCGAAUCAAUGCAGUCCCAUGGGCAGCCAGCUUAUGAUGUGGCCGCAAUGCCCUUAUCGCAGCCCUAUGGUGCCGGUGUUGGUGCACUGGCAUCUUCAUCGCAGACUCAUGCCGCAUCUGCGCCGUCUUCGUCUCUCCAGGUCGCGGCAACACCUUCCUUCCACGACGCUGAGUAUCAUAAUCCAUCGCAGAUAGCCUACCCAAAUGCCCCGCAGUGGGCAUUUGGGCUGUUGGCCAAGACCGACGGCCCCUCCGAGCUACUGGUCUGGGAGUCGGGCACCCUUACAAUCUGGGCCUCCCUGUACCACCACUGGUCGAAUAACACGGUGCCCAAGCCUAACGCUAUCCAGCAUCCUCCGCCACUUCUCCUAGAGAAGCUAGAGCCUGAUGAGAUCAGUGUUUGCCGCCAACUGUAUGCAGAGGCUGCAAGGCCUCUUAUUGAGGAGUGGAUCGUGCUCAUGGACACAUUCCCAACCGCUGGGGACCUGCAAAGCAAGAUCACCAGCAUCAUCAGGCUCAUCCAUGACCGCCAGCUCGACGUAGCCAAGUACGGCAACAACAAGAGGCGCUAUCAGGUGCUAGCUGACAAGAAAUUGGAAGCGAAGGUGAGCUUCAAAACAAUUCAAAGAAUAUUCUCACAUCAAUUCGUUAUAGAUCAAGGAAUAUCCUGGAGCUCUCCAGGCUUGUUCAAGCAGGCCGCGGUGGCCUUUGUCCCGAUACUUGUCACUGGGCUAGCACCUCAUGGUAUGUACUCGCUCGCUACUGAUGAUGAUGACGACUUCAAUAUGGAUGUUGAGCAACUUGGCGAGGAGAGGAGACAGUUAGUUGAGAGGUACCUUAGUGGUACUGUACCUGCAUUGGAGUUGUUACACGUCAAGGAUUCUACGGGCACUGUCAUUGGGCCCUUCGAAAAGGACCUACUCUUGCCGUGA